CCCAUUUUCAUUUCUAUGCAGAAAAAAGGUCCUUUCUUGAAGAACAGAACUUUAUGGGCCAGUUAAGUUGUGUGUGUUCCUUCUUCUUGUCACUGUGCAUAUGGAAAAGGGGGACUACAAUUGCAUUUCCAUUUCCAUUUCCAUUUGCAAGAAACACAACCCAUUUUUCCAAUUUUUAAAAAUUUCAUUUUUGGAGAAUGAACUUGACCCUUCUCUUCCAUUCCCAUUCUUGCAUCACCAUCACUUCCAUUCACAAACAUCCCUAAAAACGACAAGAAAUUUCCCACAAUAAUGACAACAAAAGACCACAAAAUGGUCCCCUUCUCCUCAUCUCCUGCCUCCCUUUAUAUUCACCUCUCCCCCUCUCUCUCUCAUCCCUCCAUAUUUACUUCCCUUCUCACCCCACUUUCUUGAAAAAAAAAAAAAAAACUUCUUCCAUGGAAAAGCCCAUUGUAAAGAUCCUAUCUUUAGCUUUAACAUUAGCCUUUUUCACCCAAGAAUGUCUUUCCACCAAGUGCAAGAAUCAAUCUUUCCCUUCUUCUCCUUCUCCUUCUUCUUCUGCUGACAGAAUUCUUCGAUUGCCAGGGCAGCCAUUAGUGAGUUUCCAGCAGUUUUCUGGCUAUGUCUUUGUUGGCCAUGGAAGAGCUCUUUUUUACUAUUUUGUUGAAGCUGAAGUUGAUCCCACUUCGAAACCUCUUGUUCUUUGGUUAAAUGGAGGGCCUGGUUGUUCAUCUUUGGGUGUUGGUGCAUUUUCUGAAAAUGGUCCUUUUAGACCGAGAGGAAAUGAUCUUGCCAGUAAUGAAUACAGCUGGAACAGAGAAGCUAAUGUUCUUUAUCUUGAAUCUCCCAUCGGAGUGGGCUUUUCCUUUUCUUCAAACUCCUCCUCUUAUGAUGGUGUCGAUGACAAGAUCACAGCUAGAGACAACCUGGUUUUUUUGCAAAACUGGUUCAAAAAAUUCCCUCAGUACAAAGACAGAAACUUGUACAUUACAGGAGAAAGCUAUGCUGGUCAUUACAUUCCCCAAUUGGCAGAAUUGAUGAUCAAGUUCAACCAGAAGCGUAGGCUUUUCAACUUGAAAGGAAUUGCACUCGGCAACCCGGUGUUAGAAUUCGCGACGGAUUUCAACUCGAGGGCCGAGUUUUUUUGGUCGCACGGACUCAUAUCGGAUCCGACGUACGGCGUGUUCACUACAGCCUGUAAUUAUUCGCGUUACGUCGUCGAAUAUUACCGGGGGGAGCUGUCGUCCAUGUGUUCAAGAGUUAUGAGCCUCGUAACGACGGAGACGAGCAAGUUUGUCGACAAAUAUGAUGUUACGCUCGACGUCUGUAUUUCUUCGGUGCUGUCGCAGUCGAAAGUUCUUGCUCCUCAGCAUGUCCCCGAGAACGUAGACGUCUGCGUCGAGGACGAAACCGUGAAUUACCUAAACCGCCGCGACGUUCAAAAGGCCCUCCAUGCACGCCUCGUCGGAGUCGACCGGUGGCUCGUCUGCAGCAACGUAUUGAACUACGAACUGCUCGACGUCGAGAUCCCUACAAUCAAUGUCGUGGGUCGAAUAGUCGAGGCCGGAAUCCCGGUCCUGGUAUACAGCGGCGAUCAAGAUUCGGUAAUACCAUUAACGGGGAGCCGGAAACUGGUCCAUCGACUGGCGAAGGAGAUGAAGCUGAAGACGAGCACGCCGUACCGAGUCUGGUUCGCCGGAAUGCAGGUCGGCGGGUGGACUCAGGUGUACGGCGACGUUCUUUCUUUCGCGACUAUUCGUGGGGCGUCGCACGAAGCUCCGUUUUCGCAGCCGGAGCGAUCGCUGGUGCUAUUCAAGGCAUUUCUCGAAGGCAGGCCGUUGCCAGAAGAAUUUUGAGCCACCGGAAAAAGAUCGACGAAAUCAAAGAGCUAACUGUAAGUAGAUUUCUCAGAGAUGGAAUCAGUUUUUUUGUAUAAAAAGGAAACCUGUUUCGGCAAUGAUCGAAUACCAUGGCUCUUUCUAAUGUA